AUGGAUCCCCAGGUCGCCUUCAUCUCAUCGCGACGGGACUAUCUUGCUGGAUCGAGGUUGAAUGUAGCGCGAAGACAAAGCUGGCCAGGAACGAGGGCUUGUUGCGACCCCCGCGCGGAAGCACUCCUGGACUCGAUGCUUGGCUCAGCAACCGACAGUUUGGAGCCGGGAUUUGGUGGAGGCGGCCAACCGAUCAGCUCGGAUCAAUCGUCUGGCGCCGUGCUGACCAUGGCCCUGGAUGCGAACUAG